AUGGACACUAACUGUAACCAACCAUUAGUUUAUAAUUUAUGUUUAGAGACUUCAGCCUUAUAGAAAUACAACCAGGCAGCCAAGAAUGGUAUGACUUAACAUGGUGAACAGCUCUUGCAAUCAAGUAAAUUUUCAUUAUUUCUUCUUUAAGAUAUUAAUAACCUUUGCAGAAACGAUUAAAUCAAGGCUAUCAUCAUCAAGGAGAUGAAAAACGUCUACAAAGUCCCUGAAGCAGCAUUUUCUGAUAUGGAUUUUAAUGGAAAGGGAACCGUUUAUGAGCAAGAUUUCUUCAAAACUUUGUUGAUUUACAGACUUCCAUUUUCAACUGAAGAGCUACAGGAGUUCUUUAAAAAGGAAAGAAUAUUCUAGCAAAGACCCGAUGGAUCUAUGGACUUUGAACUCUUUAAGAAGACUUUUUUCCCUUCAAGAGAUCUCAACGGAGGAGGUUAACAUGCAGACCAUGAUCUUGAGGAUAAAUUAAAGGCAGAUGAAUUAAUCAAUAUGAAGGAUGAUAAAAAAUCAACCUAGAUAAUCUCAGAUAGAAUAAGGGUAAUUGAAGAAAAAAUAAGAUAGAAAUUCGCUAACAAUUGGACAUCUGUAAGAAAAGCAUUCUUAGAUGUCGAUCAAGAUUAUGAUGGUUUCAUCACAGCCGAGGACAUGGCAAAGUUUUAUGGAGCUAGUGCUGACUUCAAAGAUAUUUAGACAAUGCUUAAAAAUAGAGAUUCAAAACGAUUAGGCAAAAUUGAUUUCAAAGAUUUUUGUAAAUGGAUGGGCACUGCUAUUGAGCCUUGUGAGGGCUUCUACUUUAGGCAUGACAGUGUUAAAAAUCCUCUCUAUGAAAACAACAUCAGAAAACAGAUUGAAUAAAAUUCAAAAUCUGUAUAAAAAGUUACUGAUUAGCUUAUCAAUAAUAACCUCAUGAAGACUGUUUUAGAAAAAUUCUAAUUGCAAUGGAAGAGUAUUAAAAAAGCCUUUUCAGAUUUAAAUAAAGGUAAAACUGGAGCGAUAAACCCCAAUGAAAUUAAAUAGUACUUGCAAAAUUGGGGUCUUACAAUUACUGAGGACCAGUUCAAGGAUAUUUAUGAUUUCAUAGAUUUUGAUAAAGAUGGGAAAAUUACUUAUGAAGAUCUCUAAAAUAGUGUGGGAAAGCACAUUUGCCCUGAAGAGUUUUUAUAUUUCAGAUAAGAUAUUCCACCUGCUAAGUUAAGGACUUGUAAGAGCGAGAACUGUUGGAAUUAAACCAAGGGAAUGGGUCAAUACUGUACUCUACAUUACACUAUCCUUAGAACUAAAGCUGAGUAAUUCAUUCUAGGGAAAACUUAAAAGAGACUUGGAAAGGAUAAAUAUUCUUAAUUAGUUCAACAAAUUGCUUCAAAAUCAAAUUCUACUACCAAUAUAAUCCUGAUGCCAUAGCUUGAAUCAAUCUUGAAUUAAUUUGGUGUAUAUUUAAGUGAGUCCGAAAAGAAAAUAUAUAUUGAAGGAUAUUCUACGAAAGCUGAUCAAUAAUAUGAUUCGAUCUAAGUUAGUAUUGAAAAAAUUACAUAGUUUGAGAGAACAUAAUAACUUGGCAAAAUCUACGAUCAAGUAAAUCUUGAGGCAUAAGAAGAUGAAGAGGACGAAGAAAAUUACAAAGAUUUUGAUGCUAUAGCAUCCCUCGGAGGCAUGGUCUAGAAAUAAACAGCCAAACUUGACCCUAUUACAGAGGAGUAUCUGAUAACUUUAAUCAAUAGGGACAAUAAAUUGGCUAUCAUAGUGAGAGAUAUUAAGAAAAUCGAUAAGGACAACAAUGGGUAUGUUCUCAUAAAUGAAUUAAACAAGAUUUUCAAGACUCAUUAUUAAAGAGAACUAGAAGGAAAGACUCUAAAUAAAGUACUAAGGCCUUUCAGUAGUAUUUAGAAUAAACAACUUAUUGAUUAUAAAAAAUUCAAUCUUCAGCUAUUGCAAAAAUUGAAAACAAAAGAAUUAGAGAACUAUAAUUCUACAUCUGCUUUAGAUCAAGUAGCUAAUCUUAAGGAACAUAUUGAUGUCACCUUUAGCCCAUCUUCACCAGCUAGUGGAUAGAGAAUGGGAGCAAUCGCCAGUCUAUUCCAAGAAAAUAAUAACACUAGAAAUAAUAUGAGAAAGAGCUUUACUGAAAUGAAUCAAGCAAUAACAAAAUAAUUUGAGCCGAAGAAAAAUUCAGAACAAAAGCCAUAAUAAGCAAUAAGUAAGAUUGCUCUAGAACCAAUUAAGGCUUAUGAACAUUAAAAUAUCCCGAAAACAACAGAAAGUCCAAAAGGUGGUCCUUAUAGAAUGAAGCAUCAUAGAGAGAACAGCCAAUCACCCUCUCCUCCAAGAGAUUUUGGAAACGGACCUGCUAGUGUUUUCGGCGGAAAGUCCUCUGGUUUCGAAUCUUUCAGAAGCAGUGUACCAGGUCUUGGGCCUCUUGAAAUCAUCAAGUAAAGAUUAGCAUACGAAUGGAAGAACAUCUAUAGAGCCCUUGCAGCAGUUGAUAUUAACAAUUCAGGCUGUGUUACCUCAAUGGAAUUCCAAAAUACUGUUUCAAAGAAUAGAGUUUACAUGACUAGAGAAGAAUUCAAGAAACUUCAGAGCAUAUUUGGGGAAGAUGGAUCAGACUUGAUAAAUUAUAACCAGUUGUCACUUUAACUUGGGCUCCAUAAGGCAUCAAUGGACUUCAUGCAAGGAUCCAAGGCUAAGAACCUUAAAGUAGCUGCCUAAAAGCUGAAGGCGAUGCAUGUAACUCACAAUGGGCAGUUUCUCCUCGAUCCCAUCUAAAAGCCUCCCAUGACAGAGAGGGGCAACCUAAUCGGUAAAGGUAGCUUAAUGAAGAGCGGGUCCACGAGUGUCCUUCUCAAUAAUGGGAAAAUGGUGACUGGCCCAGCUGCCAUCGGACAAAAUAAGGGGCUAAUUCUAAAGAUGCUCAAGAAUUACGAUAUUGACGGUACUGGCCUCGUAUCUACUUAGAACUUAUCAAAGGUAUUCAAGCUCAUAGGGGUUCCUCUUGAAAAUAAGGUAAGCAUUAACUUUAAAACUAACUAUGAUUUAGAAUCUUGA